AUGGUCUUCUACUCAGGCUUUGCGCUGUGCGCAGCCAUCACAAGCGCUGCUGCGCUCCAGGUUCCGCUUCUAUCAUCCAGUAACCAAGCGUCACUCGGACAUCCACAUGGGACAAAACCGCUGGUCAACUCCACGGAGCUCCAGGACCUCAUCAGCGGAGACAGAUUGAUGGCGCGCGCUAAGAAGAUGUACGAGAUUGCGAAGCUCGGCGAGGCGGAAUACAACCACCCCACCAGAGUCAUCGGGAGUGCUGGCCAUCUCGGAACGCUAUCUUACAUCUACGAAACUGUCCUUGAGCUUGGCGACUACUACACCAUCACCAACCAGACAUUCCCAGCUGUUUCCGGCAAUGUUUUUGAAUCGCGUCUUGUCAUCGGUGACAGCGUGCCCAAGUCUGCAAGGGCCAUGGGAUUGACGCCAGCCACCAAGGACAAAGAGCCUGUGCACGGCGAUCUUGUUUUUGUUGAAAACGAGGGUUGCCAGGAGUCUGACUUCCCAGACUCCGUAGCCGGCAACAUCGCCUUCGUCAAGCGCGGUGUGUGCCCUUUUGGCACCAAGUCUGAGCAUGCUGGUCGUAAAGGUGCCGUUGCUGCCAUUGUGUAUAACUACGAAAAGGAUGCUGUCUCGGGUACCCUCGGAACGCCAUCACCAGAUCACAUUGCCACUUUUGGCCUCUCUGGUGAAGAAGCUGAGCCAAUUCUGAAGAAGCUUGAGAAGGAAAAGCGCGUUGAUGCGAUCGCCUACAUCGACGCCGAAGUGAACACGAUCCUUACCGUCAACAUUGUGGCGCAGACGACAGCUGGUGACCCAGACAAUUGUGUCAUGCUCGGUGCCCACAGUGACAGUGUUACUGAAGGCCCUGGAAUUAACGAUGAUGGAUCAGGUACGAUGUCGCUGCUUGAGGUUGCCACACAACUCACCAAGUUCAACGUGAGCAACUGUGUGAGGUUUGCUUGGUGGGCAGGUGAAGAAGAAGGCCUAUUGGGUUCUGACUACUAUGUCGCCUCUUUGCCCGAGAAGGAGAACCAGAAGAUCCGUCUCUUCAUGGAUUACGAUAUGAUGGCUAGCCCGAACUUCGCCUACCAAAUCUACAACGCUACAAACGCGCUGAACCCUAAUGGUUCAGAAGAGUUGCGCGAUCUGUACAUCCAAUGGUACAAGGAUCAAGGUCUAAACUACACCUUUAUUCCCUUCGAUGGUCGCAGCGACUAUGAUGGCUUCAUCCGAAACGGCAUUCCUGGCGGUGGUAUCGCUACGGGAGCGGAGGGUAUCAAGACGGAAAAGGAGGUUGAGAUGUUUGGUGGAAAGGCGGGAGAUUGGUAUGACAACUGCUACCAUCAGCUUUGCGACGAUAUCUCAAACCUCAAUGAGACGGCGUGGAUCGUCAACACCAAGCUCAUCGCACACUCAGUCGCAACAUAUGCGCGCUCCUUCAAGGGUUUCCCGAAGAGAGAGCUAGAGGCCUCGGUCAAGUCUACGGCAUACAGGGAGGAUGUCAAAUACCAUGGUGGGAGCAUUAAGCCUCAUGAUUAUCAAAUGCGAUUGACUUGCUCUGGAACGAAUCUUGAAGAUGAACGACGGGAAGUCGCGCUAAGCGAACGGGCCGUAACCGAAUCAUCGGUCGCAAUGUCGCGUCUUAUUGCGGGAUGCAUCGCCUCCAAUCGCAUCAUGGCACCCGUAUCGAUGGCUUCAGCGCUUACCUUUGAGCUGCUGGGGAAGUGCUCAGUGACCAAAGCACGCGCCGCAACGCUGCAUCUGCCUCAUGGCCCUGUACCCCUCCCCAUCUUCAUGCCCGUUGCGACGCAGGCUUCCCUAAAAGGCCUCACCCCAGAUCAAUUAGAAGACCAAGGAUGUCGGCUAUGCUUGAACAACACGUACCAUCUAGGUUUGAAGCCAGGACAGGCGACACUUGACGCAAUAGGUGGCGCGCACAAGCUACAGUCAUGGCCACACAAUAUUCUUACAGAUAGCGGUGGCUUCCAGAUGGUAUCGCUACUCAAACUCGCCAAAGUCACCGAGGAAGGCGUCCGCUUUCUCAGUCCCCACGAUGGGUCUCCCAUGUUGCUCACGCCCGAACACUCAAUAUCCCUCCAGAAUUCGAUCGGGUCAGACAUCAUUAUGCAACUCGACGACGUUAUCGCGACCACCUCGCCCGAUCAUGCGCGUAUGAAGGAAGCCAUGGAACGCUCGGUACGCUGGCUUGACCGCUGUAUACAAGCGCACAAAAAUCCAGAGAAGCAGAAUCUCUUCUGCAUUAUACAAGGAGGCUUAGAUCUAGACAUGCGACGGGAAUGUACGGCUGAGAUGGUCGCGCGAAAUACGCCAGGCAUUGCGAUAGGAGGCUUGUCUGGUGGUGAGGAAAAAGCGUCUUAUUGUAACGUCGUCAAGACAUGCACCGAUCUGCUACCUGAGAAGAAGCCUCGAUAUGUCAUGGGCGUGGGCUACCCAGAAGACUUGGUCGUGUCCGUAGCACUUGGUGCGGACAUGUUCGACUGCGUUUGGCCAACCCGCACGGCUCGUUUUGGCAACGCCAUUACUGCCCACGGUGGCCUCAACCUACGCAACGCUGCUUACUCUGAAGAUUUUGGCCCUAUCGAGGAAGGUUGUAAAUGCACCUGCUGCCGUCCAACGUCCGAAGGCGGACUUGGUAUCACGAGGGCAUACAUCUAUCAUGUUACCGCCAAAGAGACCGCCGGAGCGCAUCUUCUUACAAUGCACAAUGUGCACUACCAGCUCAAUUUGAUGAAAGAGGCAAGAGAGGCCAUCAUACAAGAUCGAUACCCGCAGUUCGUCAAAGACUUCUUUAGCAAGUUGCACAACGGAGAGAAGGAUAAAUAUCCUCAAUGGGCAGUCGAUGCGCUUCGAGGUGUUGGCGUAGAUCUGCUUAGCUAG